CUGCCAAAAAGUUAUUAGAAAUUCUUGAUAUUGAUCACACUUAUAAUGACGCUGCUAUUGACGUAGAGUUGGCCGAUUUUAUUCUAGACAACAAACUCAUUGCUUAUGGGGUUCAUCCACAGAUUAUAACUCAAUGGAAAGCUAAGGAUGACAUGUCAGAUACUGUACCUGGACCUGAUGCUGUAGACAAAAUUUAUUAUUUGACAAACUCCACCUUAGAAUUUCUCGGCUUUAGACGAGGAUGGUCAUAG